AUGUCGGGAGAGCCCAGGCUUAUAACGGUUGCCGACGACGGCGGGGAAACGAUUGUAUUUGCGCAGUUGAAAAAUGGUUUGAGGCAACCGCAUUUCAAUAAGACGGCCGACGAGUUCCAGGACAUUUUUGAGCACGUGCCUGAGACACCGUGCAGGGAUGACGACAUUAUGCUUGCGACAUUUCCAAAGACCGGCACAAACUGGCUGUACGAGAUAUUGUCUAUGGUGCAGCGACGGUCGGCGGCGCGCGUCCAGGAAACGAAAAUGUCCACCAUGUUAGAGGCGAACCAAGCCGACGUCAUCGACACCCGGCCAUCGCCGCGCGUCCUUAACACUUACUACCGACCAAGAUAUUUAACCCUAUUUAAGAUAAAAAUAUACUCCACUUGUCACCGCUGUUUACCCAAGAACAUGGCCCGGAAGAGGAUGAAGACCGUGUUGUGA